GUUUCACACGACUUCCUCGCUCGCUUCCUGCUUAGGCGACGUCCGAUUGCGUCGACUCUGCGGAGAUCCCGCGGCGGGAACUUGAAACCAAAAGCGGAACAUUCCCGACGCCGAUCUGCGAACGGCGUCAUCCGCGUUAAGAGUUAGCGAAGAAACCGUGUCAGAAUAAGUGGUGUUCGUGUAGCGACGUAGCCGCUAAUAGUCACAGCUUGAGACUGAAAUUCACGUUGCUGGAAAAGGAUUAUUUUGUUGUCAUGAAGAAAACGGCAAAGAGAGAAGUUAGCAUCUAUGCUAAAUAUUUGUGGUGUCGUUUACGCUGGACAUGAACGCAUCAAAAUCACAUGAAAAAGCGAAAGAUGACAUGAUGAUCAAAUGAGAUGUUGAGAUGAGAUGAGAAGACGACAACGGGAUGACGAGACGAGAUGUGUCCGCUGUCAACAAUCCCAAGGUAAAAAAUGAACAUCUGGGGCUAAAAAGUUGUAGAAGCCGCUUCAAGUGUCGAGUUUGCGCGGUGCCUUUUCCAGGUCAACGUGCGCAUUGUGCAAUAAGAACGUGAAUGCAUCGUGAGAACAAUCAAAACGAGAGCAUCGUCGAUAAGAAUAAGUAUCUCCUAUCAUCCUGUCCAUUGUGCAAUAAAAACUCAUGAUUCCAUCUUGUGGACUCGUCUUCACUCCAAAAGCUUUCAGUGGAUUGUCUCGAAGCUAACAAUGCUCAGCUAAUUCUGGCGAUGAACACACACGCGCCGCUCCUGUGUCACUCGCACUUUUGUUUGCAACACAACACCUGAUUCGGAGUUCGAUGAGAUUGCCUGUCGACAAAAUGACGGAAGAUGGCGAAGAUUCGGUGGGAACGAUCAACGUAGUGACCGUUAAUGCGUUCGUACCACGCAAACAAACAAAACGGUCACAUGCUGUCCACACACAGCGGACGCGUGAGGCAGGUGAGAGCCGACUCAUUCAUAAUGCAGGACCGACUGACGAGGGGAGAGAAGCGGCGGCAGUGGAGGGCAGAAGACCAACGGACACCUUGGCCAAGAGAACACCCAAGCCAUUAAGUGACACUCGAUCGCGUGUGCUGCAAAGCAUCAUGGGAAACUGCCGCUGCCGCGCGGAGGACGAGCGAGAGGAGAAAGAUCACAGCGGUUCUUCUUCCCUCCAGCAGAGGGCGCCGCGCACCGCCAUAACACACGAAGAAGAAAAGCAGCAGGUGGCGAGCAGGAACAGGACCACCUCUCUGCUGGAAGAGCUGGCGUCCGUCCAGGGCGACCUCGAAGCGUCUUCGCGUCUCCACGAGCAGCGAACCCGAGACGACGGCUUCCUUCGCCAACAAGAAAAUGCACACCUGUGGCAGAACCUUCACUUCCUGCGCCUCAGCCAGCAGCUCGCCAAGCCGUGGGUCAGCAGCUACUUCCGGAAGUUCCCCGUGCACAUCUACUGCCUUCCCGUCCAGCCAGCCGAUCGUCGAGCUCGGAAACGGGGCGAAGAGAAGAUGAGUGGGAGAGGCGGGGCUUCGUAGCGAUUGACAGAUGAAACGGCCAAUCGCCCAACGCAUGGGAUUGAAACUGUCGACAGCAAUCCAAGUUGAAAAUGGCAAUACUCGUUCUGUUCCAAAAACAAAAACAAGCUUCAAUACAUGAUCGGCCGCAAAAUAAACAAAUGAGCGAAUAAAGAAGACACGGCGGUGUUGAGGGAAGAGAACUAUUUACUAUUUUCAUUCAUUCCUUUUCCAGUAUCUUGUUGCACCUCGCGAUCGAAGGAAAUCGAGUUUCCUUCGAAGCGAAUUGUGACGUUGACGGGCAGUUUCUGAUACAGGCAGCGGCACCCGAUAAUUGAUUGUGAUGGCCACUUUAUGAUGUGUGCACUUGAAUUGUGUAUGUCUUGAAAUUUCUUUCACCCCAUUUUUGCGGUGUUACAGCAACCUGACAUGGGACUGCAGAUGGAAACUGGUCUACGGCUAUAAUCUGGCAUACGGUGCCACCAGAAAGUAUUCACACUCCUUCACCUUUUCCACAUUUGGCUAUGUGGCAGACUUAUUCUUAAAAAAGAAAAUCGAAAUAGAAUAUCCCAAAAUGACAAAGUCAAAACAUUUUCAGACAUUUGAGUCAAUGUAUAAAAAAAUGUAAACAUUCAAACAUAAUGGGUACAUAUUGAAGGUGAUAUAGAGUUUCAGGGUGUGACAAGUCUGGGGGUAAACAAGGGUGUUUAUUGCAGUAUAGCAUCGAAUGGAAAUCAGAUAAGGGUGUGGGAGUGUGUUGCAAAAUGGCUCCCAGCGGGGUGCAUGCGGAGGCCGCAAAGAGCAGAUGGCUGCGGGGGGAGCCACCGUCAACAUGAGAUGCAAGACGGCGGAGACGGCGUCCGGAACCAGCGGCAGAGCAAUGAUGACGUCCGAUGGGACCGCGGACCCAUCGGACCACAGCGAUUCCGUACUUCCUCUUUGAAACGUUGCAAAAGUCGGGGGCAAGAACAGACAGCUUUGUUCAGUCUGCGCUGUCUCUGCUGACCCAUGUAGAGACAGACUAACUCUGUCAGGAAUAAAUUGGUCGUUCGAAUUGUGGUUCUUUCACGAAAACGAACACGCACGGAACCUCGAGAGUAAUAGGUGAUUCUAAAAUCCAGGUUCCUUCAAUAUGUAUUCACAGCCUUUACUAUGACACGCCAACUUAAGCUCAGGUGCAUCUGAUUUCCCACGCCUGUCUAUAGAAGGUCUCGUAGUUGGCAGUACGUGUCAGAGCUGAAAGCUCCGAGCAAUGAAGUCGAAGGAAUUGUCUGCAGACCUCCGAGACCAGAUUGUGUCAAGGCACAAAUCUGGGGAAGGAUCAGUGGUGAGUGACGUGAAGCCUCGUGAAGCCUCGUGAAGCACUGAGGCUUUCCUAACAAUUGUGCCGAAAACGCUUCAAGGCUUCGGUGAUGGUGACAUCUGGUGGACAACAGAAGCCAUAGCAACCUCUAAAGAGCCCGACUGAAGCACUGGCACUGUUGCCCGUGACAGCAAUAAAAGUUCA